GAUCAGAGUAGCGCUGCUCCGGACGCGAAGUAGCUGAGUUCUGAAGGCUCCAUAGACGGAACGCAGCCACCGACCGAGCUCCACACGAUCUGGACAUGAAGACACACGUGUCCGCUGUCGGCUCCCUUCACUGUCCGCCUUCAGCGCUUCUCUCUCGGUGACUUUUAGCGGUUUAAUCGGUACAGAGAAAACACAAGUGUCCCGAUGUCACAGCGCCCAGAUGAGCUCGGGCCGACUGAGUCUCCACGGUUCUCAUGUUGUGUUUAUGGGCCGCCUCCUGAUCGGGAUUCUUUACACUCUGACUCUAGUAUCGUGAGGAGGAAGCUACUUUGACAAAAUGGCAGAAGAAGCUCCAGCUCCAGCACCGGCCAAAGCCGCAAAAAAGAAGGCCACCAAGCCCAAGAAGAGCGGCCCCAGCGUGGGCGAGCUGAUCGUUAAAGCCGUAUCCGAGUCCAAGGAGCGGACCGGCGUGUCCAUUGUCGCCCUGAAGAAGGCUCUGGCUGCCGGAGGCUACGACGUAGAGAAGAACAAUUCUCGGGUCAAGAUCGCUAUCAAGAACCUGGUCAGUAAAGAAAUCCUGAUCCAGACCAAGGGAACCGGCGCGUCCGGCUCCUUCAAGAUCAACAAGAAGACCGACACCAAGCCCAAGAAGACAGCGGCCAAGAAGCCUGCUCCCGCAGCCAAGAAACCCGCAGCCGCUAAGAAGCCCAAAGCAGCGGCGGCAAAGAAGCCGGCGGCCGCUAAGAAGUCCCCGAAGAAGGCGAAGAAGCCCGCAGCGGCCAAGAAGGCGGCCAAGAGCCCGAAGAAGACGGCAAAGAGCCCCAAGAAGGCAGCAAAAAGCCCCAAGAAGGUGGUGAAGAAGGCCGCUGCUGCCAAGAAGGCUCCGGCCAAGAAGGCAGCGAAGCCCAAAGCCAAGAAGACCGCGGCCAAGAAGUGAGCGGCUCGGUCCACAACGGUUCUGACACAAAGGCUCUUUUCAGAGCCAACACUUCAACUGGAGAGCAAAUCCUGUUCAACAGCGGGAAGACGCAGUAAAGCAAACUGUGUUGUGACUUUUCCUGCAUUAAGUUUCACAACAUACAAGCACAUCCAUCAUCACAUUAUCCAAGAAUGGAAAAUCACAAUAAUAACAAUAAAAACAAAGGAAGCAGCAACACCG